GCUGGCAGCCACCUGCCUUCCCCCGGGCCAGCAUCAUCCCGCAGCGCCGUGCGCGCCGUCGGAGGGGGACGGCACGGGAACGGAGGCCCCUGGGGAAGCGACUUGUUGCUUCCCCGCGCUGGUCCUGGCAGGAUCCAGGCUCGUUCCCAGCUCCUGCCGGCACACCCUGUCCCAGCUGCUGCUCACGGAGCAUCCCGCUGCCAAGAACACCCCGGGGAUGGAUGAUGCUGCUGCCGCUCCUUCCCCCUCCUCCCGCCUUUAAAACGCCCGCUCCUGGGGGGGCUGCAUGGGAGUGAGAGCCCGUGCUCUCCCCAGGAGCCUUCAGCAUCGGGUUGAGAGGCUCCUCUUCCUCGCAGCCUUGGCCCUGGCACCCUGACACGGAGCUGAGGGACAGCGUGGCACGGCACCAGCUCCAGCCUUAGACCAGCGCCGAGGGAGCUGCCUUUGUGCCCUGGGACACUGAGCUGCUGCCUCUGCCCCGUGCCAGGGGCAUCCAGCCAUCCGAGAGAGAUAAUGGCACUUUCCAAUCUGUCCAGUUACCUGGAUGCUGUGGAUAACUACAGUGACUACCCGGACUACAGCUACGAGGAGCCGGGCGGCGUGGCCACAGCCCCGUCCCACCAGCCCAAGGACGCGGCGAGGAUCCUGUCCGUCGUCAUCUACAGCGUGUCCUGCGUGCUGGGCAUCCUGGGCAACGGCCUGGUCAUCGCCAUCAUCACCCUCAAGAUGAAGAAGUCCGUCAACGCCGUCUGGUUCCUCAACCUGGCCGUGGCCGACUUCCUCUUCAACAUCUUCCUGCCCAUCAACAUCGCCUACACGGCCAUGCGCUACCACUGGGUCUUCGGGACGGUCAUGUGCAAGCUCAACUCCUUCCUCCUCAUCCUCAACAUGUACACCAGCGUGCUGCUGCUCACCACCAUCAGCCUGGACCGUUACGUGUCCGUGGUGUUCCCGGUGUGGGCUCAGAACCACCGCUCCACCGGCCUGGCCUCCGCCGUGUGCCUGCUCAUCUGGAGCCUGGGCGUCGCCAUGAGCUGCCCGGCCCUGGUGUUCCGAGACACGGCCCAGGCCCGCGGCUCCGUCAUCUGCUUCAGCAACUUCUCCCUGUCCAGGAACGGGUCCCAGCGAGCCGAGGCGCUGCUGAGGCACAGGAUGGUGAACGUCAGCAGGUUCCUCGCCGGUUACGUCCUUCCCAUCACCGUCAUCACCUUCUGCUACGUCGCCAUCGUCCUCAACCUGCGGCGCAACCGCCUGGCCAAGUCCAGGAAGCCCUUCAAGAUCAUCGUCAGCAUCAUCGUCACCUUCUUCCUGUGCUGGAGUCCCUACCACCUGCUCAACCUCCUGGAGACCGAGCCCGACGGCAUCCCCCGCUCCGUGUUUGAGGUCAGCGUCCCCCUCACCACGGCCCUGGCGGCCUCCAACAGCUGCAUGAACCCCGUGCUCUACGUCUUCAUGGGACAGGACUUCAAGAAGUUCAAGGUCACCAUCCUCUCCAGGCUGGUGAAUGCUCUCAGUGAGGAGACAGGUCACUCCAGCAUCGUCCACAGGAGCUUCUCCAAGAUGUCUUCCAUGACUGAGAAGGAGACAACGGUCCUCUAAACUCAAGCUGGCUGCCUGCCAGGGGGCUGUGGCACGCCAGUGUUGCCCAUGCCCACCUCUGCCAUGCUUCUGCCACGGGACCAGCUUGUUCCAAUGUCCUGUGGCAGCUUCUUUGACUGGUGGUGCUGCCUGGGUGGCCACCACCACUCUGUGCUACUGGAGAAGACCCAACUGCCCUUAACCUUCCUCUUCUGAUUGCAGAGAUGGUUGCACCACACUAUGUGUUGUGGGGUUCCUGGCUGAGCCGUUGCCUGGCCUGGCAAGGAGGUCCCUGCCUUUCCCAGGGCCAUUGUUGUGGGAGGAUGUGUCUGGGAAGGCACCUCUGCUGCCAGGCUGAGUGGGCAGAACUGGUGACCCUCUCCCUGUGCCUUAUGUAUGCACAUAGCUACUCACCUUCAAGUGCUAAAGAGUGUUUGGUACUAGCACAACGUGGUCUUAACCCUGUUGGGAGCAUUUUUGUAGCCAGAGAGGCCCUGGGGAGUGUGUUCCUAAGAGAGGUUUGGAUGCCCCAGCCUCAAGGAGCCAGGAAGCCUCAGCUGUGUUCCCAAGGAGCCAGAGCCUCCUGCCAGGCUGGGGCUGGGGCUCUGCACGAGGUCACUGACAUGGGAAAAAGAGGGGAAGCUUCACUGGGAGUGUGCACAUUUGCCACAGUGCCUGUUGCAGCUGCUGGGGGCUGUGAGUGCCAGCAGCUCCUUGCACAGUGUCUGGCAGGCAGCAGGGAGCAGCUCCAUGGGGAGUGUGGUCCUGGGGCAGUCCUGUCCCUCCUGCACCUGGGCACUGGCUGCAUUGAAGGCUGCUCCCUGGGGUGAUGUGUCAGGCCUGGGGGAGGAUUUUGCCUCCUCCCUCGUGGGAAGCAGCCCCUGCACACAAAUCUCUGUGCUGAAGGAUGGGCUGAGCCACCAUCUCUAUCCAAUUUCAUGCACAGUUAAGUCAGGAGCUCUCUCACCAUCUGGGCUUCCUGACUCUGACACUGGUGUCACACUUAUUUAUGUGUUGGCAUCUCUGUGUCACUCUCAGCCUCUCACUCCCAGCAGCUGGGGGCUGGAGCAGAGCUGAGCUCUGGAGCUGCCUCUGGGCAGUCCCCAGUGGCACCAGGGAUGUUGCAGGGGGGUCCCUGGAGGUCCCAGCCCAUGCAAUGCUCAUCUCUCUCGUGGCAUGGUGAUGCCAUUGCCUCUGUCCUGGGAGAGUCUGUUCACAUGUGCCUACAAAGGCUGCCCAGGGAGCUGGGGGAGUGCCCAGCCCUGAAGGGACCCCAAAGCUG